AUGCCGGGUGCCAGAACACGAGUCAGGUCUGCACAGGAAGAGAUGCAAGCCAAGCUGGAAGACAGGAGACGCAAAGUCGAAGGACUACCCCCUGUCCUUUCAUGCGCGGAGGACGAGGCACCUGCAGAAGUCAAUGAAGUACAGGAGGGGCAAGGUGAUGCACGAGGGCCCGCAGGGGAGCAAAAAGCAGAUGCUCCAACACCAGCUGUUGCAGGACUUCUCACUGCCAUUGAGGGCUUUCGCACUUGCCUGUGCCCUCGCUGCCUGCAUUCAAUGCCGUUGAGACGACACCGGCCAAGGGCCGCCAUCUAUGAGGGAGGUGUGAGCUGCGACCGAUGCAAGAGAGAGCUCUUGGGCCAGGUGGAAGCACAGGAGCUCGAACUCGAGCCUCGCGAUGCGUUCUGCCACUGCAGCCGCUGCUGGUUCGAUCUAUGCAGAUCCUGUGCGUACAAGGAGAUGCAGGAGGUCUGGUGGGGGGAAGAUUGA